UGAGUGCGGGUCUUGAUGGAUGCACCUGCCAGAGCUAGAAGCUAGCAGAAGGGUGCGCCGGCCUCGUCUUGAAUGGUCGGAGGUCUCUAGGAGUCCUCAGGACGCCUUCUCUCUCACUUACACACCCCUGGCCUCACGUAUUAGGCGUCCCCCCAAAAGACGGUGAGCCGGUGCGGGAGGGUGAAGGUGGACGUAGCUCACGCCCACGCAGACCUCAGGGGAGCCAAAGCUGCUUUUCUCAGCUAACGGAGAGCACGAAGAAGAGGCAGAGAAGAUACAUCCUGAAAUCCUAGGAGAAUUCUACCAUUUUCUUCCCCUCCUUGAAGAGACUUGGAAAUUAAUGGGUAACAUUUUGCAUGAAAAUUACUGAAAACUUUUUUCUUAUCUCUGAGCCCUUCUGUGGAGAGUUAAUAGGAGGUUGACUGUGUACAUGGAUAAAAUGGAUCAUCUUAAAGGAUUGAAGUUCCAAAAAUAUAUCAGCAGGACUGGACAGGCUUGACAUAAUGAGAUUUCUAUUUUAGCCUGACUUGUGGAACUUUGAAUAGACUAAACUGAGCUACACAAGGUCUGGGAAGGAAGUUUCUCUUCCAAAAUGUUCUAGCUGCAUGUAAUAUUUUUCUUAUUCAAAUCUUUUGAAAAAGUGUAUUUAGUCAUCAAUUUCCUAAAGAAUAAAACUUUUAGACACUUAACAACUUUUAAUAUAUGAAGUGGGAUAGAAAGCAGCAAUCUGACUCAUACUGGAAAACAAAUUUAAUUAAAGAGCCAGACAUCAAGAAGUAAGAGGAGAAAUCUCUACCUAAGCACCGAUUGAGAUGGCAGAAGCUCCCGCAGAUGCCUCAACUGUGCCCGUAAUAACAAAGAAAAAGAAAAGUCUGUCCAUUGAGGAAAAGGUCGACAUCAUAAAUGCAGUGGAAAGUGGCAAGAAAAAAGCAGAGAUUGCAGCUGAGUAUGGAAUAAAGAAAAAUUCAUUGUCUUCUAUUAUGAAAAAUAAAGACAAAGUUCUAGAAGCUUUUGAAUCUCUGAGAUUUGAUCCAAAGAGAAAAAGACUGAGAACUGCCUUUUACACUGAUCUGGAAGAAGCAUUAAUGAGGUGGUAUCGAAUUGCACAAUGUCUAAAUGUACCAGUUAAUGGUCCAAUGUUGCGUCUAAAAGCUAAUGAUUUUGCCCAGAAACUGGGACAUAAUGAUUUUAAGUGCAGCAAUGGUUGGCUGGAUCGCUUUAAAUCCAGGUAUGGUUUAGUAUUCAGAGCUCAACCUGUAGAAGCUACAGCUACACCUGUAGACCCUUCAACUGUCUGGUGUCAAAAUGUACUUCCUUAUUAUUUAAAUGAUUAUCAUCCUGAAAAUAUUUUUAAUAUAAGAGAGACUGGGUUGUUUUAUCGAAUGUUACCUACGAAUACGUUUGCAUUUAAAGGAGAAACAUGCUCAGUUGGAAAAUUAUGCAAAGACAGAAUAACUCUGGGGGUUGGGGCAAACAUGGAUGGCUCAGAGAAACUUCCUUUGCUUAUCAUUGGGAAAAACAGAAAUCCACAUUGUUUCAAAAGCAUAAAAUCAUUGCCUGUGUAUUACGAAGCUAACAGAAAGGCAUGGAUGACCUCAGAAGUGUUUGAACAAUGGAUGCGGAAACUUGAUGAAAAAUUUCAAGCUCAACAAAGAAAAGUGGUGAUUUUUGUUGAUUCUUUUCCUGCACAUCCAGAGGUAAAGAACCUAAAAUCCAUUGAGUUAGCAUUCUUUCCAUCAUGUUUAUCUUCCAGAUUUAUAGCUAUGAAACAAGGUGUUAUUAAAAGCCUUAAGAUCAAAUAUCGACAUUGUCUUAUCAAGAAAUUUUUAAGCUCUGUUGAAGACAGCAAAGAAUUUAUGUUUUCCCUAUUAGAUGCAGUUGAUACAUUGCAUCUCUGUUGGAGGACUGUAACCCCAGAGACUAUUAUUAAGAGCUAUGAAGAGGCAGGAUUCAAAUCCCAUAAGGGAGAAGGUGACACAUCAAGUGCAGAGACAGACAGCACUAUUGAUUUGCUUGCCCAUGCUCUGGCAGCAGGGGUGGAAUUUCCUGAAGGUUUAUCUGUAGAAGACUAUGCUGCCCUGGAUGAUGAUUUGGAGACAUGUGAAGCUGCAUCAAGUGAUGAUUCAGUAUGCAUAAAACAAAGUAAAUCAGAUGAAACCGGAUUUUAUACUUCUGACGAAGAGGAUGACAGUGGAUGUCCAGAAACUGAACUCCCACUGCCUUCAAAAAAUGAGGCAUUAACUGCUUUAGAUACCCUUAAAAAAUUCCUUAGGAGUCAAGAUAUGAAUGAUAUGCUUCAUAAUUCUUUAGCAGACCUGGAGAAUUUUAUUAACUCUUUAUCAUCUAAAUAAUUAUUUUGUGUACACAUCUCAAGAGUACUAGGUUUUCCUGAUGUAUUUAUUAUAUAAGGUAUGUAAAGGGAAAAUACCACUUAAACAUAAGAAAUGAAAAACUUCUAA